UCGCGCCAUCUCUCCGCCCCGUGCCCGAGAACCCAUCGUGGGGGAGAGUGUAAUCCAACUGGAUUACUCUGUAAAUUGGGUGAUGGAGAUUGGACGCUCUGUUAGUGAAUCUGAACGGCAGCACACAGUUGUAGUGACUCCACACUCAUCAUCCGUUCCCGUUUGUGUGAAUUGAUGUUUUUUUUAGUGUUUGUGUUUAUUUUGCAACAGGGAUUAUUUCAUAGAACCGUGAAAUUUUGCAGAGCAACACAAAUUAUUUUUUGAAGAUGACAUAAGGGAGGGAUAGAGGUUUUUAAAAAGAAAAAGAGAGAAAAACAGAAAAGGAGUAAUUGGAUUACUUGGAUUAUAUGUAUCAUCCUGAAUAUGAGGAUCGCUGAUUAGUUUAAGUGUGAGUUCAAGGAAAGUUUUUGGAAGAUCUGAACAUGAUUCUGAUGUGGAUGGCCAGGCCUUCUGGACACUUUCGGAUGUGCAGGCUGCACAGUUGAUGUGGAGCUCUCCGGAAGACCAUCAUGCCAUCAUGAAAAAACCCAUUUGGAAACAGUUGAAUGGAAGUCAAACUACAUUUUCUGUAGUAAUACUGGAGUAGAGGAUUCUGAGGAUCUGUUUCACAUGACUGUUUAUAAUACAACUGUGGCCCUUAAGGAUGGUCAUCAGCAUCAUGGGUCAUAGAAGAUGGUCUUUGGUGACAUUCCUCAUGGUGUAUGCUGGCUGGCUCUGUAUCUUUACACAUGCUCAGAUGAAAAUCCCACCAGAGACAGUUCAGAAAUGGGCCAGUACUCUUUCACAGCAAAUAAUUGCCAUUGCAUCAAAAUAUUCAGGAGCUCCUCUCUUACAAAAGAAACUCAAAGAUGUUGAGCCCAUCAUUAAAAUUGAGGAGGUGAAUGGAGCACGGCUAGUUCUGGAAUUUUCCGAUGAAAUCGAGAGAAUGCUGGGAAGCAAGAUGAAGUCUGUGAAGAGGCUGGCAGACACAGCUGAGGAUGCUGAUUUGUAUCACGAGUUUAAUGCGUCUUUACAGUUUGACUAUUUCAAUGCGUUAUUGGUGAAUACUAUGGAUGAAGAGGGAAAUUUCAUUGAACUCGGAGGUGAAUUUCCAUUAGAGGAGAAUGAGCAUUUCAACAAGCUUGCUGUCAACACUUUAAUGAGCGACAUUCAAGUUCCAACCAAUGUCUACAACAAAGAUCCAGACAUUCUCAAUGGAGUUUAUAUGUCAGAGGCCUUGAAUGAUGUGUUCAUUAGUAACUUCCAGAAAGAUCCUACACUCACAUGGCAAUAUUUUGGCAGCUCAACAGGGUUCUUCAGACUAUAUCCAGGAAUAAAAUGGACUCCCGAUUCAAAUGGCGUUGUCUCUUUCGACUGCCGAAACAGAAACUGGUAUAUCCAAGCUGCCACUUCUCCUAAGGAUAUUGUCAUUGUGGUGGAUGUCAGUGGCAGUAUGAAGGGUCUGAAAAUGACCAUUGCCAAACACACCAUUAACACUAUCCUGGACACUCUUGGGGAAAAUGACUUUGUCAAUGUUAUUGCUUACAGCGAUUACAUCCGCUAUGUGGAGCCCUGUUUUAAAGGAACGUUGGUGCAGGCUGACUUGGACAACCGAGAGCAUUUCAAGCUGCUUAUUGAGGAACUUCACGUGAAGGGAGAAGCCACAGUCAAAAAAGCCAUGAAGGAGUCUUUCCGCAUCCUUGCUGACGCCAGAGCAAAUGGUCAGGGCAGCCUAUGUAACCAAGCAAUUAUGUUGAUCACAGAUGGAGCCAUGGAGGAUUUCCAAUCAGUGUUUGAAGAGUUCAACUGGCCGGACAAGAAGGUUCGGGUUUUCACUUACCUUAUUGGCAGAGAUAUGACCUUCUCAGAAAACGUCAAAUGGAUCGCCUGCAACAAUAAGGGGUAUUAUACGCACGUCUCUACACUGGCUGAUGUACAGGAGAACGUCAUGGAAUAUCUUCAUGUUCUUAGUCGACCAAUGGUUAUCAACCAUGAUCAUGACAUCAUCUGGACUGAGGCGUAUAUGGACAGUGUGCUGUUCAAAAGCAAAGCACACAGUUUGUUGCUCAUGACGUCCGUGGCCAUGCCAGUGUUCAGUAAGAAGAAAGAAACACUUUCUCAUGGCAUUCUGCUAGGAGUGGUGGGAACUGACGUCCCCCUUAUGGAAGUCAUGAAAAUAGCAUCACGAUAUAAGCUUGGUGCACAUGGCUACGCCUUCCUCAUCACAAACAACGGAUACAUCCUGGCACAUCCUGAUUUGAGACCUCUGUACUAUGAUGGGAAGAAGUUAAAGCCUAAGCCGAACUACAACAGCGUGGAUCUGUCUGAGGCAGAGUGGGAAGACACAGAAGACAGCUUAAGAACAGCCAUGGUGAAAGGAGAGACCGGUACUUUGAGUUUAGAUGUGAGAGCAGCUGUGGAUAAAGGGAAAAGACCCGUAUUCCUUAAAAACGAUUAUUUCUACACAUCCAUCAACGAGACUCCUUUUAGUUUUGGGAUGGUGCUCACAAGAGGUCACGGGCAGUACAUGUUCUUUGGGAAUGUUUCUGUGGAGGAAGGCCUUCAUGACCUCCAGCAGCCAGAUCUCUCUUUAGCCAAUGAAUGGACGUAUUGCGAGACGGACAUUGACCCACACCAUCGGAAGCUCACUCAGCUGCAGGCUGUGGUCCGGUACCUGACUGGGAAAGAGCCAGACUUGGAGUGUGAUGAGGUUCUGCUACAGCAGACUCUUUUCGAUGCUGUGGUAACAGCACCACUGGAGGCUUACUGGACCGCUCUAACACUGUCCGCCACGGGUGUAGAUGAAGGCAUGGAGACGGCUUUCCUGGGAACCCGCUCCGGUCUGAUGCGUGUCAUUAGAUAUGCAGGAAGUGAGAAACGAGCGGGCAAGAAGUUCUUGACACCUCUGGACAAAGCGAACCUCUUCACUGUUGACCACUUUCCCAUCUGGUAUCGCCUGGCUGCUGAGAACAAACCUGGUCAAUUCUUCUUUUAUGUCCCGCAUGAUGACAUCAACAAAGGAAGGAACACUUUCGUGGCAGUAACAACCGUCACAGCGACUGAAGGGAAGAAAACAGCCCUUGCUGGAGCUAUUGGAAUGCAAGCAUCCCUGGAUCUGCUGGAGAGAUUGUUCUUUUCUGUUGCCAAACAACCAAAUGACGCAGAUUGCAGUGAUGUGGAGGGGAUUUGUCCUCUCAGUUGUGAGAGCAUUGAUGUAAACUGUUACCUGGUUGACAAUAAUGGAUUCGUACUCCUUUCAAAGGAAAGAGGAGAUGUUGGUAAAUUUUUUGGGGAAAUAGAUGGAUCAGUCAUGGCCCAGCUACUUAAAUCAGGCUUGUAUAAAAGGGUGACACUCUAUGACUACCAGGCCAUGUGUAAGAAUGUUCACCAUCACUCUAGUGGAGCAAGACCACUGCUCAGUCCUUUCUAUGGCCUACUGGCGUUAAUAAAGUGGUUCUUCUCAAACUUCAUGAUGUUUUUAUUGGAGUUCAACAUCUGUGGACUUUGGCAUAAUGACUAUGUAGUGGAUGCAUACAACAAACAGAAGAAAGCUGAUCUAAUGCAGCCUUGCAACACCGAAUAUCCCGGCUUCAUGUAUGACACAUCAAUCCGUGAGACAAACAGCAUCAUCAAAUGCGGCCGUUGUCAGAAGAUGUUUGUCCUGCAGCAGGUAUACAACACUAACCUGGUGCUGCUGGUGGUCCAGGCAGACUGUGACUGCUCUCGACAGUAUGCUCCUAUCACUCUCACGCCAAAGGAGGUCAAAUAUAAUGCCACAGUUAAGUGCAACAGGAUGAAAUCUCAGAAGAUUCGAAGACGACCCGAGUCUUGUCACGCAUACCAUCCACAUGAAAACGCCAGUGACUGUGGUGGAGCAUGCGAGAUAGCCAUGUGUCUUACACUGUUCUUCAUGUGUUUGGUCACAUCGUUGGGCCUUGGCUGAAUUUUAAGAAAGGAAAGAAAAGAAAACAACCCCACAAAACUGCUAAUUAUCAACUGUGAAUCCAAGCAACAGGCAUGCCAUGGUGCAAAAUGACAAUAAAACUAAGUUGGUUAAUAUUAUACAGCAACCCUGCCCCCUACUGGACUCAACGUGUCAAUACUUUUUACUGGGACCAACUGCGUCUGAGAUAUAAUCUUAGAUUUUCUCUUGUGACUUGAUGUUAUACAUCAGCUCUUGUUAUUCCUACAAUAUUUUCAGGAGUAUAUUGAAAGUUUCAAAGAUGCAGCGCAUAUAGUGAUAGCAAAGUGCUGUUUAUUUUCAUGAGGUAGCAUGUUUUUGAGACAUUUUCAGAAAUUUUGGAUUUUUUUAUUUUUAUUUAGUAGAAACACAAGAUAUUUGUGUUAAAAUGACCGGAGCUGUUGAGGUCAAGGCAUGUACAUUUGAAUACGACCCAAAAGCCAAACACAAUUCAUGGAGGCAGACUAAUGUUUCUUGGGUUUUUCCUUUGGGAAGUCUGUGAACCUGCAACAAACUACAGAUGGAUGCAUUUUGUGAUUCAAAAAUCUUUGUUCUUGUCUUGAUUAGUUUUUGUAAGAGUCGACCUUAUCAUAUAGACUUGGGGGGAAAAGUGUUCAAUUUAAUUUUUAAGUCCUGUACUUGCCUUUGCAAAAAUGAACUAAGGUUAAACUAUUAACUAUCAUUUAUCUCUUUUUAGUAAAUCCACAGUAGCCACACAUUUAGUAAAGCUGUGGUCAUAUAUAAGUUAAUCAAUAUCCAAAAAAUUGCAUUUUACUAUUAAAAGCACGUUUCAUUUUUGUAAGGGUCCCUAUUAUCACAUUGCAGUUCUAUCUAUUGAUAGAUCAAUAGAUUUAUCAAUAAAUCCUAUUAAGACAUUUGGAAAAAUUGUAUUAAAAAAUUAUUUUGCAUUUUCAAGUUACAAGUACUUGAUAAAGUGCUUUUAGUACCUUACUAUUUGCUGUAGAAAAUUUUGUUUGCAAAAAUGUCAACAAGUGUUAAUUAAACAUUUUUGUUACAUUCA